GUCUGUAUCUGGUUUCCAUUCCUUGUCACUAUGCUGGGCCAACUUGUGGGAUCCGCCAUGCUUUUGGCCGCUACUGCAAUCUUCCUCUACUACACGGCGUGGACACUUCUCAUGCCGUUUGUCGACCCCGGCCACCCUCUCCAUGCCUUCUUUCCCCCUCGCGUUUGGGCCAUCCGCAUCCCCGUGUUCCUUACCCUUUUGGGUUCCGCUGUCGUUGGUACAUUUAUCGGAAUAGUCAUGAUCAAUAGCAACAAGAAGAAGGCAGCAAAGGCCAAGGCGGCGGCUGCAAAGAAGAAGACUUAAAAAGAGAACGGCUGAAGGAUACAUGCGUGCGUAUAGGAGAACUUUUUCGGCCACGGGUUGUGCUUUUAUAUCUAAAUACCUGUAACUAUAGUUUCCUAUUAUUCUAAUCAUUUCAAUUUG